ACAAAAGCGUCAAAAUGGUGUCGAGAUUUGAGUGUUGUUAUGCUUAUUACUAAUGAAAGGAAGGAAAUGGAUAAAUUGAACAUAUUCGAAGAAAAACUGAGGGAAGCAUCUUGCAUUGGGGAUAUUGAUACAGUUGCUGAACUUUUGGCUAAAGGAGUUGAUCCCAACGCAAAGCAUAAGAUAAACGGGUGGACUCCUUUGCAUUGGGCCUGUAAGAGGGGGCACUUGGACAUUGUAAGUCUCCUACUGAACAACAAGGCUGACAAGUCUGUCGUAGCGGAGAAGGGGGAGACUCCACUGUCUUUGGCUUCCAGACCAGAGGUGAGGCAACUGUUGGGUGGAGACCCGAACCCUCCUGCUCGAGAGGAAUCUGGACUACCCAUCUCACCCAACUACCUCAAAAAUCCUCCACUCAACGGUCGGGUGGACACCUACCCUCUGAACGGGAUGAAUCACCGGAAACUGAAUGGGACAACGGAGAUAAACCACCAGAGCAACCAUCAGAGCUCACAGCCUUCGCCGUCUGAUGAACUGGUGCUGAAAGUCCGAGUGGCCAACAGUGGUGAUCCAGACUACAUAGAGGUGGAGCUGCCGCAGGUGGAGCUGACGUAUUACACUCUGCUGCGUGUUUGCUGUGAGGAGCUAGGUCUCUCCGCCAGCCAGGUGGUGCGCAUACGCAAGUUGCCCGACACAGUUAUUCGAAAGGACAAAGAUGUCCAGAGGCUCAGAAACUUCCAGGAGAUUGAGCUGGUCGUGUCAGGAAACCAUGGGAUAUCUAAGUCCCUGUCCAGUGGGAUUCUGUUCCCGGGAAGUGCUGCUAACAAUGGUUACCAAUCUAUACAACUCUACAAGAACCAGACAAUUCUCUACUAACGUAAUAUUAAUGUUUUCAUUUUGUUGUACGUUUUCUGUCACACCAUUAAAAUCGUGUAAUAGUUUAGUUUAACUUUUCAUUUUAACAUUUUGGAUAUUAGCUAUUGAUUGAGAACAUUGUUCAUCAAAAAUCCAAACUAUUUCAUAUCUUUGUUUGACAUAGCAUAAUUUGUUCUUAUUUUUGCACAUCAUGUUUUUAAUGAAAAAUAUUACAUUUUUUGGGUGAGCAUCAGCCAAGCCUAUUGUUGUUUUUCCACAUGACAUCUUUUAUUUGAGGUAGCCUAGGUGCUAGCUUACUACUUUGAAUAUGCACUGAAAGAGAUAAAGAAUUUAACUUUUGGUUAUUGUAAAGGAGUCACCAGUAAUAAUAAUAA